AUGUCAAACUCAUACAUCAACCCAUAUAACUCAUCAGCCGCAUGCCCUAUCACCGACAAUUUAUAUCCUCGAGUUCCAGAAAGCUGGAAUCAGCGGAACUCUACAAACUUUACGCAAGCCGCCUGUGCUGUACCAGCUUGUAGCAAUUAUACAUCUACUUUGGCUACCUGCUGUGGGCGUACGGACAGUGAGCUCCAAUACUUCAACACCACGAUCGGCCCGUAUGCCUCUUGUGCCUUGUCCGAUGGCAACGAUCCCGAGGCUUACCAAGCCUUCCAGAGAUGUAUGUUGUUGGAGUACGUCACGCCAUUCCAAUGCAACAACCAGGACUCCUGGACUACAGAUGGUACUUGCUUGGGCAUUCAGGAAGUCCCGACAACCCUGGCGAACGUCACAAGCAAGCAGCAAUCUUGCUCGAUGAUCACCUCGCCCAAUGCGACCAGAGCCAUGGCACAAUGUUGCAACAACUACAAUGGAGGUGAAGGGCUUUUCGCAUUCUCUCAGGGGAGUUGCAACACAGGUUGUGUUUCCAACUCGACCGACAACGAAUUUUAUGAUUGUUUGUUCGACUUUAUACAGAAAUCGCAAUUUCCAGCGAUCGAGUCUGGUGUUGUCUGUACUGAGAAUAAUAAGGACGAUCGGGAAGGCGCUGGUGUUCAAACUUCGCCGUCGAUUUCAGGUAUCCUCACCAUGUUGUUGGUAGGUUCGUCGAUUUUGCUGCUAUGA